AGGGGCGGUGACGGGCCAGUGCGCGUUUCGUACGGAGUAGAGUGUUAUGUCCCCUUCGGGUUGCCGUCCCGUAGGUCCGCCAUAUUGUCUGCUGAAGCUGCCGCUGAAGCUAUCGCUGUGGCCGCCGCCAAGUGUGAGCGAGCGGAGCCGCGAUGGAAACCAUGGCAAGCCCAGGGAAAGACAAUUACCGAAUGAAGAGCUAUAAGAACAAUGCGCUAAAUCCUGAAGAAAUGAGGCGAAGAAGAGAAGAGGAGGGCAUACAGCUUCGAAAGCAGAAGCGGGAGCAACAACUUUUUAAACGGAGAAAUGUGGAGCUGAUUAAUGAAGAAGCUGCCAUGUUUGAUAGUCUGCUGAUGGACUCCUAUGUGAGCUCUACUACUGGGGAGAGUGUGAUCACUAGAGAGAUGGUGGAGAUGCUCUUUUCUGAUGAUUCUGACUUGCAGUUAGCAACCACACAGAAAUUCCGGAAACUCCUCUCCAAAGAACCAAGUCCUCCAAUUGAUGAAGUUAUCAAUACUCCUGGAGUAGUUGAUCGGUUUGUAGAGUUUCUGAAGAGGAAUGAAAAUUGUACAUUACAGUUUGAAGCUGCCUGGGCUCUAACAAACAUAGCCUCUGGAACCUCUCAGCAGACUAAAAUCGUCAUUGAAGCAGGGGCUGUCCCCAUUUUUAUAGAGCUGCUUAACUCAGACUUUGAAGAUGUACAGGAACAGGCAGUCUGGGCUCUGGGAAACAUAGCUGGAGACAGUUCCGUUUGCCGAGAUUACGUCUUGAACUGUUCCAUCCUUAAUCCUUUAUUAACACUCCUUACCAAGUCCACACGACUGACAAUGACACGGAAUGCAGUCUGGGCCCUGUCAAACCUCUGCCGAGGGAAGAACCCACCCCCAGAGUUUGCAAAGGUCUCUCCUUGUUUGCCUGUAUUGUCUCGCCUACUCUUCAGCAGUGAUUCAGACCUGCUGGCAGAUGCUUGUUGGGCCCUGUCUUAUCUGUCCGAUGGCCCUAAUGAGAAGAUCCAGGCUGUCAUAGACUCUGGAGUCUGCCGGAGAUUGGUAGAGCUUCUGAUGCACAAUGAUUAUAAAGUGGCUUCACCUGCCCUGAGAGCUGUGGGUAACAUUGUCACUGGGGAUGACAUCCAGACCCAGGUGAUUCUUAACUGUUCAGCACUUCCUUGCCUCCUGCACUUGCUGAGCAGUUCCAAGGAAUCAAUCCGGAAGGAAGCUUGCUGGACCAUUUCAAACAUCACUGCUGGCAACAGGGCUCAAAUACAGGCUGUUAUAGAUGCAAAUAUCUUCCCUGUGUUGAUUGAAAUCCUUCAAAAAGCAGAAUUCCGUACAAGGAAAGAAGCGGCCUGGGCCAUCACCAAUGCCACAUCAGGAGGAACCCCUGAACAGAUCAGGUACCUGGUGUCACUGGGCUGCAUCAAACCCCUGUGUGACUUGCUGACUGUAAUGGAUUCAAAGAUUGUACAAGUAGCCCUCAAUGGACUAGAGAACAUCCUUCGGCUUGGAGAACAAGAGGGCAAGCGUAGUGGCUCAGGGGUCAAUCCCUACUGUGGCCUCAUUGAGGAAGCCUAUGGCUUGGAUAAAAUUGAGUUUCUUCAGAGCCAUGAGAACCAGGAGAUCUAUCAGAAGGCCUUCGACCUCAUUGAGCACUACUUUGGUGUAGAAGAUGAUGACAGCAGCCUGGCUCCCCAGGUGGAUGAAACACAACAGCAGUUCAUUUUCCAGCAGCCUGAGGCCCCCAUGGAGGGCUUCCAGCUAUAAUGUCUGCCUCCGGGGAGGGGAGGGGAGGUGAGGGGAUGGGAAGCACCACCAACCAGCAGAAGAGCAGCCCUCUGGUGGGUAGGCAAACAGCCCUCCUCUACCAUCAACCACCAUCCACCUGCUGCCCUGGAGACUGUGCCCUUGACCUGCUCCGCGCCCUUCCCUGGAGGGAGCACCCUCUGGACAGACAGAACCAUCUGAGGCUCACAUUUGGGUUUUGUGACAAGAAGGGGAUGUGUGGGUUUUUCUUCCUCAAACUAUAUUUUGGCUGCACACAUGUCUUUAACCCAGGAGCCCAGGGGUAGACAAAGGAGGACUGAGGUAAUCAAUUUGCACCUUUAAAAUUUUUUUUUCUUUAGUGGUGACUUCCUUCCCAUUCAUCUUUCUUCAUCGUUCCCAGUCCUCUGCCCUGAUCUAUGUAACUCUUAUCUUGGGUACUUGAGCAGAUGGAAUAUUCCAGACAUGGGAGGAAAGGGGAGAAGUCCAAAACAAAGUGUUCUUGCUCUGACAGAAUACUAAUCCUAUAUGCCUGGAUUGAGUUAUUUAAUGUUUUUUUUUUUCUUUUGCACAUUUUUAUUGUAUUAAGAUUGAUCUUCCCAAAAGCUGGUCUUAGGAAUCACAGCUGCCAGCAUUGUCUGGGAAUAGAGGCUGAUGGGGAGACCACAACGAGACAAAGGCCCCUCCCUCCCUUGACCCUGUGCCCCAGACCUCUUUAGUUUGGGAGGACCCCCUUAUUCUCCUGGGACAAGAACACCAGUGGGAGUGGAGGGGAGGAGCACAGGCCUUCAGACAGGGCUUCCCAUGUGUAGCUACUGACCCCAUGUUUCCUACCCACCUUCCAAAUGGUGCAACCCAACUUCAUUUGUUUACUUGAAAAUUCCCCUCAGAGUUGAAUGAACUUCUGAGGUGCUGUAUUUUCUCCUAAGCUUGAGACAGGAGGCUGUUGUCCUUCCUUCGGAGGAAAAAUUCCUUGCUCUGGUGACCUAUAAGUUGUAGAGGAGGUUGGAAUAUUACUGUCAUGUAUAGGGAUAGUCAUGGAUCCCUGCCUUUGGCCUAGCUUCUUCCUCUUCCGUAGUUGGAUCAUGUAUAUUUUACUUCCAAAAGAGAGUGUCAAAAAGUUACAUAUUUUUUAUAUUCUAUUCUUUACAUAGGUCAGUCUUAGUUGGUCUUAGAAGGAAGAACCAUCUGUGAGUAGGGUUCUAUGAGGAAGACCAAAAAGAUACAGAAACUUCCCUGAUCUGAAGGACUAUGCUUUGGUCCUUUUCUUCUCUGCUUGGAUUCUGGGCCACCACUUGGGACCAACCCUUGGUUUUGGAACCUUUAUAAAGCAGGCCACCCUGGUCUGAUUGUCCCAGUGCACAAAGGGAGCAAGGAAAGCCUCAGGACCUGGUGAAGUCUACCGCUUAUACUUCCCUCAGGUUUAUCUUGCUUAGAUCAGGAAACCCAAAAAGCAGUCUGCCUUCUUGAAUUCAACCUCUUCACUGUCGUCACAUAAGUUAUGACACACAGCUGCCUCUCCUGUGAUCAUAGAAACUUAGUAACCUGAAUACUUUCAUGAGUGCUCUUGGUACCUUCUGUAUUUGGGAUCCUUGUUCCUGGCUUGGAUUUCCCCUGUCUUGUGACAACUAUAUUCCAAAUGCCUUUUCUUUCUGAGUAAACUUAGUGCAAUGCCUCAGUGGCUUACCUAUGCCUCCGUGAGUUACACAUUAUAAUAAAAUCCAGCUACUGGGGUUUGGGGUAAAGGAAGAUACCAGCCAAGUAUGUAGACCACGUGUAGAGUUGACAGCACAGUCUGCCCUGCCUCCAUAUCUUAAUUGUGAAUAUUCCUGGGGCUCUGCUCUAAAGCCACACUUUUCCUUCCCCAAAAUGAUCCUCUUUUGGCUCAGGUGAAACCUAUAUCCCUCCACUUAUAGAUCUAAAGUUCUCAUUACUGCUGACCAUUUCUCUUGAAUUUGCCACCUACUUUAGUCGUAGGUCCCACAUAGAUCCAUUUUCUGAGGCAGAUGGUCUAGGGCUACCUGUUUAUAAUGAAGUCACACCAAAAUUGUAUGACCUUGGUGAGUCAGAUGCUGCUCAUCCACCCUUAGUCUCCAGGAAGAAAGGGCAGAACUUUCUUCACUUGGCCUGCUACCUCCAGUGCAAAGUAUUCUCCCAUUCUAAGAAAGGCCCGACACCACUGCCACUAUCACCCUGUUUGGAAGGAACAACAAUUACUAAAUUCCUGCCAUUAGAACCAUAUUCUUAGUGUGAGGCAUGUAUUGCCUACGUUCCCACCUCUUCCAAUAUCCCUUUGGCUUCAGAUCUGGAUCCUCGAACAGAUAGAAGACUGUUAGUUAUCUAGCUAAUACUGAAAGCCACUUUGCUCCAAAGUCUGAAUUCUACUGGCAAUGUGAGCUAAGAUUUCAGAGAAAGUUCCUCUAGGAAAUUUCCCUUGUGUCUCAUCAACCAUUAUCUUCCUCAAAUCCUCUUACAAUCUAAAGGUGAAAUUUUUGAGCACACAGAGGUGAUGCCAUCUCCUGUGAUGUCUUGUGAAGAGGUAUUCUUUGUGGACAGCUCCCACCUGGACUUCAGACCCUGGCCUAAAUAAUACCAGAGCCUUUCCAGAUUUCUGAAUAGUACUUGCCAGGAUGAAGGGGCUUCCAGAGUAUAUCCUGAUACACUGAGGCAUAAUUUUGGAAUCUUCAUUUGUUUUUAAGAUUGUUGGUAUGUGCAGGUGCACAUAUCAAGAUGCUGAUUAAGAGAACACAAGUAACCUUUUUCUUAGCUUCUGUGUUCAAAUACUGUUUUUAAUAGUGCCGGUUAUUUAUUACCAACUUCUCCAGGCAUAGUACCUUGAAAUCAUUACUAUCAACAGGGUGUCUGAGUUAAGAUGCUGUUUUUUCAGUUUCCAGCUUUCCAGUGACUUUCAGGUCUCGAUACUGCCUGCAGCCCUCAGAUAGAACCAUAUGAGUUCCAUCUGCAGCUUGCCAACGUGUUUUUUGAGUCUGUGGACUCACAUGACCCAAGGAACAGAUGUUGAAGAUCUCUGUGUUUGGAGACUCAUGAUGUUCGUCCUUACCUAGGAUCCUUAUAUCUACUGCUAACACCCUCCAUGGCCUAGAACCCAUCUCUCAGGAACCUUGUAUUUUGUAACUUAACCACAGAUAAGCUGCAGUUGUAUUUAGGUAAGGGAGAGGGAAGGGUUCUUAAGCAUAGACUUUCACCUUCUCAAGCCAAACUAUUAGAAAAGAAAAAAAGUCUACUAGGGUGAACUCUUCUUUCCACUUUCUCAUGUCCACCUAUCCUUUGUUCAGGCGUCAUCUCUUCUCCCCUCCACUCAGCUUGAUAUCCAUCCUGUUGGAUACUCUUCAGUACAUUCUGGAGGGCUCAGAGCCUAGCUUCUCUAUUAAAAGCAGAACACCAGCUUCUCCAGGUCCUUGCAGGCAUUCCAGAGACCCAGUAGGGAAUAAAGGUUGGUAAGGGGGCUUCCCUGGUAAACUGGGGAAGGAUGUGAGACUUAGUGCACUAACCCAUAGAAAGUGCUCAUGACCAGCAGUAGCAUCUUGCAGGUAACCCUGCUUAUAAGGAAGCAAGAGUAAGUGUGAGGCUGCUGAAGGUUUGUUUCUCCUGUCCAUUUAGGAUUGCACAUUCUAGACCAACCUGAUCUGAUUUUUUUUUUUAACCCUCUAUAUUUUGUCAAACCAGCAAGCUGAGAAUUUGGCACUAUAAGGAUCCCUGUGGUGGACACCAGCUGCUCUUUGGCCAAAGCUCUCAUAUGUGAUUCAGUCCCCGUUGUCUCUCCAAGUCUCCCCAGAAUAAGAUCAUAGCAAGGGUAGACUUUGAUAUCAACUCCAAAUCUGAAUUAAAUCUAUUAUUUUUCCCUUUGAGAAGGCAUUUUCUUUCAGCAUCGUAUAAUGUGCAGGACCAAAGCUGGCUAUGAAAAAAGCAGUGAUAGAUUGGGGAAACAGAAACAUAAUGGGGUAAAGGUGUAUGGUGUGUCUUCAAAGGCUUGGGCCUGCAUAUCUACAUUUAGGCCAUCCUGACUUUUAAUGCUUACAACUAGCAUAUGCCAGACUCCCUCUGAUACUAGCUCUGUUCUCCAUUUCUGAUUUUUUAGCCUCUGGGUUUAGGGAGAGAGAACUGUAUGCCAUACCCAGGAAAGUAGGAAAGAAGUCUCACGGUUAAGAUCCUGAAACUGUAUGAACCUCCAGACCCUGAAGUUGGAUGGAUGUUGGCCUUUUAAACUAACUUGUGAGAAACCUGUUUGACCUAUUAAAUAAAGGAAGGGAAUAUGAGGUCUCAGCCACCCAAGCAGACAGGAUGUCUCCCAGGACAGCUUGGAUUUCCAGCUAAAGACCCUAAGAAGGUGAACUGAAACCUUCUCACUGGUUUUGCUUUCUAAAUUUAUUUGCUUUUAUUUUUCUAAGAACUGUAAACUCUAUUUUUUCAUGUUCUCAGGGCCCCUGGGUAGACAAAGAUUGAAGAUUUCAGAGCAGAUAAUAGGCCAAGAAACCAUGGCAAUGAGUGUGCUGAGUCCAGACAAAUGAUAUUUAUAUACACAUCCAAAUUUGAAGAGAAAAUGUAUUUCUUUAGGUUUCAAACACUGUAAUAGAUAUAAAGCAAAAAUAAAAACAUGUUGCAAAGUU